UCCAAUCCUGUGUUUCUCUGUGGAAGUCAGUGUGUUUGGGCAUUUUCUUCACUGCACCAAUGGGCACCUGGACAUUUUGUUGUGUUCCUUUUAAAUAAAGUUGAAACAGUUGAUAUAAUUGGCCAACACAAAUGUUAUUAGAGGGGGGAUUCUGGUCUGAUUUCGAUCUCAAGGUGUUUUGAACUUAAUGAGGGCUGUGUUGUUCCAAUGGCUCUCUGAAGACGGAGAGCCCUGAAGGAUGUUUGCUCGCCUAACGGCCCCUCUGGUUGGUCAUAAAAACCUUUAAAGUGUCUUCCUGUUUUCUGAGAUGUCUGUUAAACGGCAGGAAGAUGAGUUAUUGAGUAGUUUCAGCACCACAAACAAUGGUACAAGGCUGUCAAUCAAAGAAAUGAAGUGCAGGUAAUUUACAAACGCAUGCUCAAACUGGGUAAAAGCUGAGAGGAACAGAGUGUGCUUCCUUUACCCUGAUACAGCACUGCAUUUAGGAUGUCUCGCUGAUGGGCAGUUUUGGAAGGUUUGCUAUCAUCCCUACUCCAAAAUAAAUGGGUUAUUAUGAAAGAUGCUUCAAUAUAAGCAGAGUGUAUCUCCAAGCCAGAAAUCUGGGGACGUGGAUUCUAUUUGUCACGGAUGGAUUGACAAAAUUAUUGAAAUGACAGGACAUUAAUUAUCCCCUUGAUUAUAUAGGCCACAAAGUCAUUAUUUUGAAUUCAAUUUUCCACUAAAAAACAGACGGUUGUCCCCGCUGUCCAGUUGAGCUGCUCAGUGGGCAGCAGCAGGGGAUUGUGGUGAGACAAGGAAGCCUCCAGGUCUCCAGGUGCAUUCAGAACUAAGAACAUGGACGUGGACUUUGCAAAUUCAAUAUCAGGAAAGUGGCUCUUCAUUCAGAGGGUUUACUAAAGGGUUUGAUACAAUUAUUUAUUGAGGCUUUAUUUUCUAAUUUUUGUAAAAAUGUUUAAAAGUGAAACUACUGUACACUAUUCUCUUUAGAUAUUGUGCAGGCUGAAGAGUUUUAAAUGCUUUAUUUCUACAAUGGGUGAAAUAAUAUACUGUAUUUUUAGUCUAUCUUAAAACAGUACUCACAAGUUGUAUACAAAUUGUAUAUAUAUAUAUAUAUAUAUAUAUACAUACAUACAUACAUAUAUAUAUAACAUUCAAAGCAGUUUGAGUUUUCUAUCAUUCAAAGUGAAAGUCAUUCAAAGUUUGUCCUACAGAAGUCUGGGUUUUUGUUUCUUCACAGAGAAGCAUAUUCCGAGUAAAAAGACCACUUGAUCUCUUUAAAUCAGACUUAACUUAACUUUAAAUGGAAUGCAUCUUUAAUAAUAACCUUCAAUUUUAUAUUGCGCUUCUCUAAAUACCCAAAGUCGCUUACAGAGUCCAGUAGUCAUACACACACAGUCAUACCGGUGGUGGUAAGCUACAUCAGUAGCCACAGCUGCCCUGGGGCAGACUGACGGAAGCGUGGCAGCCAAUCAGCGCCUACGGCCCCUCCGACCACCACCAACAUUCAUUCACAUCCAUACGAACCGGGGUGAGGCUGCGGUGCAUGUCUUUAUGAUGGUGGGGGAAACCGGAGUAAACCCACGCAGACACGAGGAGAACAUGCAAACUCCACACAGAAAGGACCUGGAACGACCGGGACGACCGGGAUUCGAACCCAGGGCCUUCUUGCUGUGAGGCGACAGUGCUAACCACUGAGCCACCGUGCUGCUUUACACAAAACAGUGCUAUUAUACAUAUGGGCAUGUGUGUUGUUUAAGGAGAGACUUCACCCAACAUUACACUAUUCUUUAAGUUGCGUGGCAGACUCAACUAUUUACAUUUUACAUUCAACUAGAUGUUUCAUAUGACACAUUAUGUCCAGAAAAAGAAAGAUAAAUUGGGCCCAGUAAAUACUUUCAAAAUAAAAAACGUAUUCCCAAAUUUAACAAAAGUAAUGGAAAACAUUCUGAAUUAUUAUAUUACAUACACUAUUUAUUUCUCACCAAUGUUAUAUUUCUAUAAGGCUGAAUGAAGGUCAGCAUGUGUAAAUGCAGCAACAUUUUGAAUACAUAUUUCCUAUUUGCUAAGUGAAGUGUGUAGCCAGGCAUGUGAGCGGAUGUUUUGGCUCCCAGCUUUAUAAACUGUCUGAUGGCUGACGUAGCACCAUAAAUAAAUGUUUUUCACAAUUUACGAGUUUUAUUUCCUACUAGUACAAGGAUGGAGUAAUGUCUGGAUAUCCUGCUCAUGUAUGCUCUAUAUACUAUCUGCUGGGGAAAAAUCAUUUAUUGGCUAAUCAGAUGCUCGUAAAUUUGACCUUUUCUAACUUAAGAUCUGACAUUGUCUUUGUUUUGCAGUUUGGUCAAAUCUCAAGUGCAACCAUGCCCAUUCUGAAGAAGCUCCCGGGAAGGUCCAAGAGCUGCAAUGACUUCCCCAGAGUGAACGGUGAACUGAUCCUGCCCCGGCUGGACUUGAAUGAUCUCAAUGAUCUGAAGGAUCUGAAGGACAUGAACAGGAACUUAAACCCCUUUGAGGACGUGGACCUGUACGAGGGCGAGAGGCACAGCGGCGACGUGGGUCUCAUCAUGGGGGGCAACCUCGAGCUCAGGUCCUGCCGCGACGGAGAAGAGGAGGAGAACGAGGUGAACGCAGAGAAGCACGGGGCCGGGAACCCCAAAGGGAAACCCCUCAGGGGGACCCUGGAGCGCAUCUGUGGAGUGUCGCCCCUCAAAACCCUUGGAAAGCUGGGCAAGGGGCUGCGCAUAUCGGGACGCAGCGUAUGGGGGAACAACUCUCCCCACUACACCCCUGGAAACUCAAACAGUCUCCCACCAGAGAGGGAGAAAAGGAAAGGACUACGCAGGAGCUCCGAAGGAAUUAUGACCCUGCUCCGGAUUACAGGUCGACGCAAGGAGGAACGCAGAGAAAGCCUGCCCUGCGGGAACCUGAGCACAGACAGUGAGGCGGAGGCCUCCAGACGGCCCUCCUUCCUCAGGAUGGUCAGUAUGGGCAAGCUGAAGAGGGAGUCCAUGUCAGACAAGGCGUCCCAGGAGGCCGAGGAGGAAACAGAGGAGGAGGAGCCGGCGGUCAAAACCAGAGAGCCUCUCUCAGUGCUGGAGAUCCUUCAGUUGGUCAAUCACAGAGACCUUCUCCUGGCCGACACACACAUUCAGGAGCUGGAACGAGAAUGUGAGCUGCUUUCCAUCCUUCCGACCGCAGCCGCUUCAACCCUUACUCCUACCCUUAGUCCCAGCACGCCUACCGGUAUGACCCCCUUUUCAUCCUCACCCUUCGAUGACGCCCUCAGCACCAAUGCAUCAUUGGACUCAGGCCGGCGGAAGGUUAAGGACGUGGAGCUCCUGUACGAGGCCCUGCAGAGGGAGAUGUGGGACGUAGUGCGGGAGUCCCUCCGCCAGCCUAGCGCUGGGCCCAACCUCGGGCUGGUGGUGCUGGUGAUCCAGCAGGAGGAGCAUGCCGAUGCAGCCUGGGCCUUGAGAGAGGAGACCAAACCAGAGAGGGAGCCCCCCCGGAUCCAGCCCAGCCAGCGUCCCCGGCGACUCAAGAUAAAGUGGAGGCAGGCUGUGAUGGAGGCGGCGGACUGGAGCCUACCGCAACAGGCCGACACCCAGGCGGGCCAGCUGGCCUCGUACCUGGAGCGCCUGAGGAGUCGGAUGGUGGACGACCUGGAUGCAGCGAGGAGGAAUGCCGUGUCCAUUUACCCCGAGGAGUUUGCUGCCUUCCAUGUGUACGUGGACAGUUACCAUCGAGCCGUUGCCAAGCGUCUAAGGACCAUGACCAGGGGGCCGCUGCAGAUCACAGACGUCUACUCUUUACUGGACUGGUUCUACAACAUCUACAACAGGGAUGUCCUCGGAACCAUCGGCACAACCGCACCCAUCAACUACGCUUCACUGGAGCCCAUUCUGCCCCAAGACACAGUGGAGCGUCUGGAACAAGACUGCAUCACUAUCGUCAGGGAGAAGGUGACCAUAGAUCUGAUUCAGGUUCUGGAUGAAGAGGAGAGGCGAUGGGCCCAGACCAUGCACAUAGAGGAGUAUCAGUCCCACCUAGCACGCUCAGUCAUCCAGAGGUUGAAGGUGGACCUGGACAGAUCUACAUCUGUCAACCAGUGUCUAGGGGCAAGAGUGGCUCGCUGCAGUCUCUUUGGACUGGCUGACUUUCUCUACAAUUUCCAGAGGAAGGCGGAGAUAUUUCAUGAUACUCAGGCAGAAUUUGGAGACAGAGGGGACGGAUAUGUCGCCAGGACCAUAGCUCUAGUAAACUGCUGCCCUCCUCUCAGAUCCCUAGUGGAGCGCUGCCGGCAGUGUGACUCACAGGGCAGUGAGGAGACGGCGCAGAGAGCCAACUCCUCCCUAGACAGGAUCAUCAACCAGUCAGUGAGGGUGUUGACUGACAGACUGUUUGAACACAUCAGGCCUUUCUUUGACAAACUGGUAAGGAGAAAAUGGCUGAACAACACAGAGGCCUUUGAGGCCAUUGAAGCCAGCAUUAAACAACACUUCAAGAAGUUCAGAAGGAUGGACUCCCCACCUUAUCAGACCCUCGUGGGAGAGGUGCAUCGGCGGGUCUUGGUGGAGUACGUCCGAGCCAUCAUGAGGGGACGAGUCAUUUGCACAUCCUCCAAGAUGAGAAAGAGGAUUGCUUUCCGCCUGCAAGAUGAGGCCAAACAGCUGAAAGGACUCUUUAAGGACCUGGACUCAAGUUCCUCCUGGUUAGACAGCAUCGUCUGCCACCUAGCUGACAUCAUUCUCCUGGAGGACACUCCGUCCAUCCAGAUGGAGGUUGCCGUCCUGGUGAAAGAGUUUCCAGAUAUACGGAAGAAGCACGUCUCCACCCUACUGAAUAUAAGAGGGAUGAUGCGGCAGGCUGAGCGCCAGGAGAUCCUCAACAUCGUCAAAGACUUUGAGUGCCGCAGCGCCCUGGUGUGCCGGGAUCGCGCCCUCUUCUCUGACAUCCCCAUCACCUCGGAGGUGCACUGCAUAAGCUUGGGCCUCCUCCGCUUCGCCAUGACCAUCUCCAACUGGUUCUCAGAGCACCGUCCCAGGCGUAGCCACGGGGCGAGUGGCGGAGGCGCGACCUCUCAACCGGCUGAGUGCCAGAACAUGGAAGACGUGAAUAAACACCACAAGGAGGACUAGCGCCUGGUGCUCGUGUUGGGAGAGCGGUCACAGACACACGCUGGGAAGACAGCGAUGCACCUUGACCCGAAACUGAUUACACCAAAUAGUGUGACCAGAAACUUGAUCUCAGGUACUGCUCGUACUGUACUCACUGACAUUUCUCCAUCUCCACAUGUGCAUUUUCUUUUAAUGUGAAACAGACUGUGCAUCCUGAUAAUCACAAUGAUUUAUCAUGCUGAUCUAGACGCCUACAGAAGCAAACUAGUGGUAUCAAAUAUCCUGAAAAUGUAACUUCUUCAGUCUUUUGCUUUCUCCAGAGGCUGUUGUUUAACAUGUAUUUACCCAACCAUAUAUACCCACUCUCUGGUAUAUACACCACAUGUAUACAAGGAUAUAGUUUAUGGACGUGGAAAUGUGUUGAACUCUCACUGUGAAUGAAAUGGAUCUGUUGCUGGAAACAUAAUAAAAUCCCAUUGACUGGGUAGAGUAAACAGA